AUAAAAUUUUUUUAUUCAUAUUUUUGUUUUCAUGUAUUUAUUAUUAAUAUAUUGAUAAAAUAUUAUAUAAAUAAUAGAUUUUUCAAUAAUAUAUGAUAUAAAUUAACCAUUAAAUUAUAACAAUUACUUCAACAAAUUAUAAAACUAAUUUAUGAAUUCAUAUUGAAAUUACUUUAAGAAAUGUGACGCAUACUGUAGAUAUUAGCAAGAAAAUAGUGGGGAGGGAGGGCUUUCUCGACUAAACGAAAGAUAUCUUUGUUUCAAUUCUUAUACUAUUUCUCGAUGGCACUUUUUAGUCUUGAGAUUGGACUCCGAGCUCUCAAAUCACUGACUAAUGGCGAGGCUCGUUAUAUCUAAUUCUUUUGUAUUCGACAAGUUUUGCCUAUUAUUAUUUAUGUUUUCAUAUCUAUGCUUAUGUUUGUUUCGCGAUCUUAAAAGUAUUGAAUCUGCUAAAUUUUAGUUCAACUUUUCGGUAUUAAAAAGAAGAAAAUUUAGUGAAUAUAAUUCUUAUUGAUUUUUACUCCUAAAAUAAUGUAUACAUUAAAAAAUUCAGGAUUUUUGAAACAUGAUUGUAUUUCAUCUACUUGUCCGGUCUGUGAGGAAUUUCUUCAAAAUUAUCAUGAAUUAUUGCAAAGGUAUAUGGACAUCGGGGAAGAUAUUGGUGUUCCCGAAGAUUUUACAACUGGUGAGAUGGUCUCCGGAAUGUGGUGGCGACAUUUGGUGUCCGGUGGCGUAGCAGGUGGUGUAUCACGCACAUGUACUGCACCUUUAGAUCGUAUUAAAGUUUAUCUACAGGUGCAUGGAACGCGACAUUGCAAAAUCAAAAGUUGCUUCAGAUAUAUGCUUCGUGAAGGUGGUUCUCUUAGUUUAUGGAGAGGAAAUGGUAUAAACGUACUUAAAAUCGGACCAGAAAGCGCUUUGAAAUUUAUGGCCUAUGAGCAAAUUAAAAGAGCGAUUAAAGGAGAUGAUGUUAGAGAGCUCGGACUUUACGAACGAUUAAUGGCAGGAUCAUUAGCUGGCGGAAUUAGUCAAUCAGCUAUAUAUCCACUUGAGGUACUCAAAACUAGAUUUGCACUUAGAAAAACAGGAGAAUUUUCAGGUUUAGUAGAUGCAACAAAAAAGAUAUAUAAACAAGGAGGUUUAAAAUCUUUUUAUAGAGGUUAUAUACCUAAUUUAAUGGGAAUAAUUCCAUAUGCUGGUAUUGAUUUGGCUGUAUAUGAAACUUUGAAAAAUAGGUAUUUACGAACACAUGAUAAAAAUGAACAACCACCCUUUUGGAUAUUAUUAUUAUGUGGAACAGCUUCAAGUACAGCCGGUCAAGUGUGCUCAUAUCCUUUAGCAUUAGUUAGAACACGGUUACAAGCAGAUAUAUCACCAGGAAAACCAAAUACUAUGAUUGCUGUUUUUAAAGACAUUAUUAAAAAUGAAGGAAUUCGCGGUUUAUAUAGAGGCUUAACUCCAAAUUUUUUAAAGGUUGCACCAGCUGUAUCCAUUAGUUAUAUAGUAUAUGAAACUGUUAGAGAUUUUUUGGGUGUUAAUAUGACGUGAUGAUUAUUUAUUUUAGAAUAAUUGCAAAAAUAAUCAUAAAUCUUAAGUGAAAAUGAAAAAGAAUAAUAACUUUGAGUUUAAUUUAAUUACAAAGAAACUUUAGAUAUUAUUUUCAUGAAUUAAAGAUAUCUUUUUACAUUAGAUUUCAUUAGAUUUUUAAAAAAUAAAAUAUCACAUAAAACAAUUAAAAAUUACAAAUAUUUUUUAAAAUAAUUAAAGCAUUUUACGUAUUAUAUUAUGUAAAAAUAUAAUGAAUAUAAUAAUGAAAUUUUUGAUUGCUUUUAUGUUAAUAGGAUGUCACUAUAUUACAAAUUGAGUUUCUUAAAAUUUAUAUGAAUUUGAAAAAAGAAAAUUAUAUAUAUUUAUAUUGUAUGAAAUUAAAAUGUUUUAUGAAUUAUGCAUUAUUAUAUAUUAUGAUGAAAUUGAUAAUUAAGUUUUAUGAAAAUCAUUGUGAAUUAAUUUUUUUUUUAAUUUCUUUUAUGACUUGAUAUUUAUCACAUGUUUUUAUAUUAAAAAAAAAAUAAAAAUAUAAGCAUAACUUAUACAAAUAUAUAAAUAUAUAAAUAUUUAAAUAUUCUAUUAAAUUAUUGUAAAAGUCUAGUUCCUAACUAAUUAACAUUGGUUAUUGAAUUCGACUGAAUGUUAUUUAUUAAGUAUAUUAUAAAUGAUAUUCCUGCCUCGAAUUAUAUUAAUAUAUAUUAAUUAUAUAUAUAUAAUAUAUAAUAAUUAACUCUAUAUGAUAAUAUACAAAAACAUAUGCAUCAUAUCAAAAUAGUCAUUUUUUGUUACAUACCUAUUUAUCAAUAUUUAUUCAUUUUAAAAUCACCAAAGAAUAUCUUUUACAAUUUGCAAAAUGCAUACAUAAUUUUUUAUUAUAUUUAUAUUAGAUAUAUCUAUUUACUUCUGUAUAAAAAAUUACAAUGAUUGAUAUUUUUUUUUAAAAACAAAAUAUAUUCAAAAUAACUGUUUUCAUGUUUUAUGAUUGGAAUGCAGAAUUAAAUAGAAAUUAUGACAAAAUCAAUGUGUUAUAUCAUUCUAUUCAUAAUACAAUAUCAAUAAUAAAAAUAUGAUAUUCUUUUAUAUAUUUUUUUAUCAUAAAAAUUUUAAUUUCAAUUUAAUAAUUUUAUUUAUUAAAUUUUAUAAUUUAACAAAAUUAUAAACUAAAAUUAUGUAUAUUUUUGUGCAUUUUAUUAUUUAUUUGAUUUAAUUUUUUGAAAAUAUUUAUUUUUAUUUAUAUUUUUUUAAAAUAUAACUUAUGAUAAAUUUAUAGUCGAAUCGUAUAAUGUUGAAUAUAUGUAUUAUCAUAUAUUUUUUUUAUAUGUUCUUUUUAUAUAUAAAUAAAUAUUGCUGAAAAAAAAUAUAUUUUUUAACUUUAAAAAUGAAAUUAUAUCCAUAUUAUUUAAACAAAAUUUUUAUCAUUUUCGAUUUUUUUAUAUGAUUUUAUAAAUUUAUUAAAAUGUAACAAAUAUAAAUUGAAAUUUGAUAAUAAUUAAUAAUAUUAGUAAUAUUUAGUAAAAAUUUUUUAUCUUAUUAUACUUUAUAUCUGCUAUAACUGAAUGUUUACAAAUUCAAAUAGAAAAAUAAAAUAUUUGAAAUUUAUAAAUAUUAAAAUUUAUAACAGAAUAACAAAAUAGAUUAAAUGAUAAUAAGAAUAUAAAUCAUUGAGCAAUAAAUUAUAAAAAAAUAUCAGUUUUUCAUUAAGUAUUUUAAAUAAGAAACAUAUAUAUAUAUAUAUAUAUAUAUAUAUAUAUGUUAUAUAUUUAAAAUUUUCUGAGAAUUAGGAUAAAAUAUUGACGUGGAAUGUAAGUUAAUUUUAUUGAAUAUCUUGUUUAGGCUGUUCCUAAGAAUUUUGCAGCAGCUUCAUCUAAGAUCCAAUAUAAUUCUCCAUUGUGUGGUUGUACACGAGCAGCUGGUAAAUUUUCUUUGUCUUGCAAAAUUCGCUGUGAGAUAUUAAAUAUUUAAAGUAAAAUAAUAGCUUUCAUACAAAUUAAAUAAAUUUAAAAAUUAUUUUUCUUUAAUUUUUAAUGAAUUUUUAAUAAAAUAAUUACCUUAAUAAUUUCUGCUUUGCUAGAUCCGGUAACAGCAAAUAUGCAUUUUUUUGCAUUAUUUAUCACAGGAAGAGUAAGAGUAAUACGAGAUGGUGGUGGCUUAGGAGAAUCAUUUAUAGGACAGACCCAUAAACUGGCUUCAUUCAAAAGCUUAUGACCAGGAAAAAGAGAACAUAUAUGUCCAUCUGGACCCAAUCCCAAAAGAAGAACAUCAAAACAUGGAACACGAUCAGGAGGAAAAAAAACGGACAUCUUCUUAAUAUAAUCUUUUGCAGCAUCUUCAGCUAUAAGUAUAAAUGAUAUUUUAUAAAAAAAGAAAUUGAAAAAUUGAAUUUUUGAUUGAAACAUAUUAUUUUACCAGAUAAAUCAGGAUUAAUUUUUAUAAAUUGAUCUUCACUUAUUGGUAUUUUUCCAAUCAAAUUUGAUUUAUAUUCUCCAUAAGUGGAAUCAUUGCUAUCAAAGGGAACAACUCUUUCAUCACAAAAGAAAAAGUUCCAUCUACUCCAAUCAGUUUUAAUAUUAGGUAAACUUUGAGCCAAUAAUAAUAUUAAAGAUCCUCCUGAUAAAAAAAAACAUUUUAUAUUUUAUUCUUAAAUUAGUAUUUUAAUAUAAAAAAUAAUUUAUAAUUUAAGAAUUACGAAAUAAAUAUUAAAAAUAAAAUAAAUAUAGAACUUAAAUAGUAAUAAUGCAAAUUAAAUAAUUAUAUUAAGAAAAAAAUAUAUGUUAACCUAUAAUAAUUUUUUACAGUAUAUGUAACCUAUAAAUUUAUCUUAUUAUUUAUGUAUUUUCAGCUUUUGUUACAUUAUAUAAAUAUGUCUAUAUAAAAACUAUGUAUUUAAUUAUAUAAUUAAUAACUUUUUUGAUAUUUAAAAUUAAUAAA